AUGGCGGCUUCCGAUAUUCAGAACCCCCCGGCUCCGACUGAGUCCAAGUCGGCCCGGAAGAAGAAGGCAAAGGCGGAGCGCACCGAGUCCCCCGCACCUGUUGUCUCAACCCCCGAGGUCGCCGGCUCCAUCGCCGCCAGCGAGGCCCAAAAUGAUUCGGACAACGCCUAUAUUCGCGACCUGCAGAAGUCUAUUCGGAAUGUUACGAAGAAAAUCACCAACACCGCGAAAGUUGAUGCCAUUAUCGCUGAGCACAGCAACAAAUCGCUCGACGAGCUUAUCACCUUAAAGAUCAUAAACGCCGACCAGAAGGCUGCCCACCUCAAGAAGCCUACCCUCCAGGCCCAGCUGUUCCAGUUCGAGGAACAGCUUGCGCAACACAAGAAGAUCGACCAGGAACACCGGGCUCGUCUCGCGGAACAAGAAAAGGCCUUGACGGAAAAGUUUGAGAAGACGAAGGCGGACACUAUUGCUGAGCUCACAGCGAAGGCGGAGGCGGAUGCCAACGCGACUCUUCGUGCCAACCUUCUUACGCUCUCUCAGUUCCUCCGCCUCGCUGCGGCCCGCCGUACGGAGGAUGCCGACAGCACGUCCGACGAGAGCAUGGCGCUCGAGGGUGUCCUGCUGCACAUCUACUCAGGCGACGAGAAUGCCGUCGCCACCAUGCUGAAGCUGGUGCAGGGCGCAGACGAGCAGACGCGGAGCACGUCCGGCGAUGCGCUGCAGACGACCUUCGCCCAGGUCAAGAAGGCUGCGAUUGCCCUCGCCGCUCCGUACACACAGAGCGAGACUGCCCAGCAGUCAGCCGACCCCGAGGCGGCGGUCGAGUCCAAGCAGGAACCCGAAACCGACCCGACCGUCGCUAAUGCGGGCCUAACCGAAGUUGACGAAGGUUCUGCCACCGCGCUGACCAACGGCCAUGCGGCAGACGCAUCCUCGAGCAGCGCUGCGCCCAGCGCCCCCCCUAGCAACGCCGAGGUUGCCGACGAGGCAGCAAAUGCGGCCGGGGAGAGCCAGUGGGAUACGGGCAACGAGUUGUCCACCUCUCAGGAGUGGGUGGACGUGAAGAUCUCGCGCGAGGCCAGCGAGACGGAGACCGGCCCUGCCGCUACAUCUGCCGCGCCCUCUCAGUCCUGGGCUGAUGAUCACCCGGAGACCGAAGCCGCUCCCGCCACUCCGGCGGACGACGGUUUCCAGUCCGUGCCGGGUCGCAACCGCGGCCAGCGCGAGGGCGGCGGCAAUCACCGCGGCCGCGGCGGUUACCGUGGUGAGGGCCGUGGCCGCGGGGGCUACCGUGGCGAGGGUCGUGGCCGCGGUCGUGGUGGCCCGCGCGGUGGCAUGCCCCAGCGCGCUCGCCGUGGUGGUAGUAUCGAGGCCUAG